UAUCUGCAAAACAAAUAUGGCGUCGUCCGGUAGUCGUGCUGCGGGUUCCUUGUUCUUACGUUUGGCCGGAUUGUCGGGUGCUUCUGCUGUAGGAUUGGGAGCCUACGGCACACAUGUGUUGAAGCCUAAGGCUGGUAUUGAACACGAAAAGCAGGUGUUUGAUUCAGCCAACAAGUACCAGUUCCUGCACACAUUGGCCCUGCUUGCAGUUCCGCUCACUAAGCGCCCCAUGUUGGUUGGCUCCUUGAUGGUCUCUGGGAUGACCUUGUUCUGUGUCCCGUGUUAUUACUAUGCAAUGACCAGCGACCCCGCCCUGGUGCCGGUGGCACCAUACGGAGGCACCAUACUGAUUGUAGCCUGGGCUGCGAUGGCCUUGUGAGUUUUCAAAUGCAGAUAGGCCGUCUUUCAUGUCGAAUGAAACAUUCUAAAACUUUAGCUUUAGAAACUCACCAAGCGAAACACUAUCCAAAAUUUGUGAGACGAGGGGGUGUUUUUAUUCUUGUGACUGCACGUUUUGGGGUAAUUUGUAAUUGUUAAGAAAGAUCUUUAAGUGAGAUUUAUUGACCAAAGUUUUCUUGCGCCAGUACAAGUCAUAUACAGAGCUACAAGUUCAACGUAUAUUUAACUUCACUUGAUAUCCUAGUUUGAAUUUUAGAUUCGGGAAAAUGGGAACAAAAAAUACCUUUUGAGACUGUAUAAUUAAUUAUAUCUAUAAUUGAAUUUCAAAUGCAGCAAUAUAUAUAUUUUAAUCACCAGAUGCUAGGGAAUAUAAAUUUUAGCCGACUACAAUAAUUUUGUCCGGAAACAAAAAGGACGGAAGUUACUGAUAGAGGCACUAUAGUGACGAAUUUGUAUUCGCUUAAGAUGUUUUAUUUCAGUACUUCAAAGACAUAAUAAUAUCGGGAUUAUCUCUUAGAGAACUCCCGCCGAGAUCCGUAUUCGAAGGGUUGGAAAAGCUAAAAUAAAUGAAUAAAUAACUUGAAAUCGUAAAAGUAUUGAAAGGCCUGGUGUUCGGUCUUAAGUAGCUCUUGAGGAAGAUGCUGCCUUUAUUGAAACGACAUACACUCAAUACUUAAUACACACCCACACAAUCGAGAUUCCGAAGUCGGAACAAAAGGAACAAGCAGAGCACAAUUUAGUCAUUUUAUUAAUUUUAGUGUAACUCACGCGUAUUAUAGGUUAUUUUUAUACAUCGCAGUAUGUAAAGAUUUCAAAUUACUAAUUACUAAUUAAGUAUGAUUUAGUAUACGGUUGCAGCCAUACAAAUAAUUAUUGUUUAUUUAUAUCAUCAUAUACAAGCUUGUAAUAGCCGUAAAAUACAAAAGGAUGAUUAUGCUACAUUUUCAAUGUAUGUGGCAUGGUAGUUAGUAGAAUUAUAUAUGCAUUCCUUACUAAAAUUUCACAGUGACCUUGAAUUUUGAUACAGUAUAAUUUUUAGUCAGUUGUUAAAAUAUGAUUGAAAGCUGUUGAAGGAAAACUGUAUGCGUACAUUAUUAGAUUUCCUGGACCUUUUUAUUAUUAUCCGGUUAUUGUUGGCGCAUUGAGCGAAAUUAUGGAAAAAUUUAAUCCGUUUGUGUUUUAUCCUCCAAAAUUGAUGCUUUUUUCAGUUUAAAAAGGUGACUUUUUAAAUUUUUAUUUAGUAUUAAUAGUGUAUGCAAGAAAUUGAUUUUGUUUUUAACAUUUAAAGUGUUAUUUAAAAAACAAAAACAAAUAUUUGGGGUGGAGUGGGGGACAAAUAGGGUACUUCAAUGUGCAGACAAAAUGUUAUUCAUUCGGUAGCUAAUGUACGUGUGUAUGUUUUUCAUAUCAUUUUGACUCUAAAUUUAUAUUUUGGUAAAUAACAUAUAUUUACGAUUCAAAAGUU